AUAACACAGGCACAUCAACUGCUGUAUGCAUGUGCUCAUAUUUUAUUAAUUCAGUAAGAUCCUUCUUUGAACGCCUCCGUGUCCAAACUGCUGCCCUCCUCGUGGAUCUGACAUCGCGUGCAGCCCCACUCAACCCUAGACAUUUGGCCAGGAUCGAGCACCUCUAAUGUUAUUAUAAUGGCCUGCAAGCGUUUGACUCGCAAGGGGGAUCAACCUGUUGUCAGUUUAUCAUAACAAAGAUUAUCUCCGUCACGUUCUCUGCUUUUACGCACAACGAUGGGCUCGGAGAAGCCAAACUUUCUUUCCCAGCCCGUGGUGAAGAACAUUUUCAUGUACCGGAACGGCGACCCUUACUACGAUGCUCGCCGGAUAGUGAUCAACCAUAAGAGGGUGUCCAACUUUGAAACUUUGCUGAGAGAGGUGACCGGUGGGAUACAAGCCCCGUUUGGAGCGGUGAGAAACAUCUACACACCGAGAGGAGGGCACAAGGUGGACAGCUUGGAGAGCCUGCAGAGCGGGGAGCAGUACGUCGCUGCUGGGAGGGAGAGAUUCCGAAGACUUGAUUACCUACAGAUUGGAUCAAGAAGGAAGAGGAUGAUGCAGACUCUUCCAAUACAGGCCAAACCAACUCCACCGAAUCGUAUCGUUGUGUCAGCUCGAUUCCUGAAACCCAUCAAGGAGCCAUGUACAAUAUUUGUAGUAGCAAAUGGCGAUGUCUUGAACCCCGCCAUGAGGCUGUUGAUCCACCAGAGGAUACUCGGCCAGUUUGAAAGAGUUCUCGAGGUGAUCACAGAGAAGAUGGGCAUGAGAGUCCUGGGGGGUAUCCGGAGUCUCUACACCUAUGAAGGCCAGCAGGUGACUGAUGGGAAUCAGCUGGAGUGUGGUCAGCUGUAUGUGGCUGUGGGAAGAGAAAGAUUUAAGAAGCUGCCUUACAGUGAUCUUCUCUUGACCAAACCCAGGGGGAUAAGGAGGGUCAAUGGAACAAAAGCUUACUCUCUACCACCGAUCUACAGGUUCUCCAAGCAAAAUGGAAACAGCAAGACUGUGGUGCGAUGCAGUGAUAGUGGAGGUGAAGUGUCCAAGAUUUCUCUUCCGGGCCUCAAUGGCAGCAGCAAGGAUCAUCUGUCCUCCAUCGUGAGAGAGAUUUCCCAGGCCAGACUCAUGUCCCUCAGGAAGAGGAGGAGUGAACAGAGCGAGACCCUCGGCAUCGCUGACAAUGAUGACCCUGAAUCAAAGGAUGAUGAUGUAAACGCUGAGGACAAGACCUCCCAAGACCAGCCAGCUGAUGAGAAACCUGCAGACGAUGAUGGUGAUGCAAAGGCCGCAGAGCAGAAUGGUGAAAAGGAAGAACAGAGAGAGAAGGAGGUUGAAAACACCACCAAAGAAGACACUUCUGCUAUCAAAGAAGAAAGGAAGGAAAACCAGAAGACGAGUGGACAAAAAGAUUUAGGGGAAGAGGAUGAGAAAAAUGAUAAAAAAGAGGGAGAGGCAACAGCGGGAUCUGAGGAGAAGGAGGAGGAGGUGAAGGAAGAAGUGAAGGAAGAGGUCACGGAGGAGAGUAAGGAGGAGGUGAAGGAAGAAGGGUCCAGCGUGAGCAGCAGUGAGAAGACCUCAGACAGCAAAGAGAAAGAGGAUGGAAACCAUACUUCUUCUGAGGGUAGAAGGGAAGACAAACAUAUAGAAGAAGAGAAGAGAGAUACAGACAGUGGGAAGGGUAAACAAAGCAGAGAGGAGCGAGUUAAUGGUGUAGACACGGGGGAGGAACAGACAGAGACAGAAAACAGCCGUGACCCGGGGAAGACUCGGUCAGAUAACGAGACAAAAGAGAGCGAUAACGGGAGAAGUAGCAGAAGCAGCGGGAACCAGGGAGAGGAAGAGAGCGAAACAACACAGGGAGCUACCAAAGAGUCAGGGGAAGAGGAGAGACAGGUGAAUGGAGAGGUCAGCGGAGAGGAAGAGGAGGAGGAGGAGGAGGAGAGCGGAGCAGAACUGGACAUGGAGGAGGAUUCAGCCAAAGGUGAUGCAGAAAAUGGAGAGAAAGAGGCGGCGGGUGAUGAGCAAGGCAAGCAAGAUCAAAGCAGGAAAGAUUAGUAAAGAAAAGGAAUGCUCAUAAUAGUAAGCAAUAGAAUACAAUUUAUUAAUAAUAAAGGUGGCAGAGCAAAAAAAAAGUCAACGUAGAAUCUGCAUUUAAAUAAAAACAAUGUCCCAAAUGUCAAGAAAAACAAGUUUGAAUGGAUGGAUCUAAAUUGCAGGUAUGUAUUUCACAACUAUUUUGAAACACAUUAUAAAAGAGCUUUAGUUAUAUAUUCCUAUGUGUAAUUAAGACAUACUGUUAAUUAUUGGGCUGCUUGUUUCAGUGUGAUG